AUGCCUCACCUACGCCUCAUGUUACUGAUGUGGAUGGACUACACGCGGAUACAGUACAGCUACGGUGCGGACACCAUGAGGCAGCGCCUCAUUGUUACGGUCCCGACCCCUGGAGAGCUGAGGAUGGUCCUCAGCUCGACCUGGUUAUCUAUCACCUUCACCCCUGAACUCGAGUCUCCUCUCCUGCCUGCUAGGCCCUUGCACCUGAAUGUUACCACGACCCUCGAAGGUGUCAUCUUAACACUCAGGACUGGGGCCUUCGUGGGCGGCAACUUGGGCACGUCCAAAGGCGAGGAUGAUGAGUUCGAGGCCGAGGUCACCGGCGCGAAACCCGGACUCAUUCGGUUUGUGUGGAUCCGCGACGGCACCGUGGACUACAACGCGCUGCCCUCCCGUGCCAGCGUUCAAGCCCCCGCAGCGUCGGAGCCUGACGCGGACUGGGAAGUCGUGGCGUCCUUCAGUGUUGACUCUGGCACGAUAUGCCUAUUCUCGAAGCAUGCCCUCAAGUCGUUACUAGCCACGGGGACGGACUGCGAGGCAAUGCUGGAGAUCUUCUUCGAUGACGAUGGCGAUGGCACAAACGUCUUCGUUCCGAGUGGAGUAGUUUUGAGUGGAAGUGACGGCGGGUACGAGAUCAAGGCCCGGCGGGACGAAGAGGGACGCAUCGUCGAGCUGACGCUUCGAGUAUGA